AUGGCCCCCGCGCACCAGCACAGCGGCCCCCUGCACCAGCCCCUGGCGCCGGUGCCAGCCCUGCCCUUCCAGGACGUGGCCGGACCCUCCUUCCUACCUCAGGCGCUUCACCAGCAAUACCUCCUCCAGCAGCAGCUCCUCGAGGCACAGCACCGCCGGCUCAUGCCUCAUCACAGGCGGGCUCAAGAGCGCAUGUCCGUUCAGCCUCACCGUCUACACCCCAGCUUUGACUUCAGCCACCAACUGCAAACUCCACAACCCAUGGGGCCCCAGCCCAGGUAUUUAGCUGAAGGCACGGACUGGGACCUCAGUGUCGAUGCGGGACUGACUCACACCCAGUUCCAGGUCCGGCCGGUCCCUCAGCCCUAUCAGCAUUACUUAGCUACACCUCGCAUGCACCAUUUCCCCAGAAGCACAUCCUCAACGCAGAUGGUUGUUCAUGAAAUCAGAAAUUACCCUUAUCCUCAGCUUCAGUUACUUGCUCUUCAGGGACUGAAUACAAGCAGGCACACAUCCGCUGUGCGGGAGAGCUAUGAAGAGCUGCUGCAGCUGGAGGACAGGCUGGGCAGCGUGAGCCGGGGUGCCGUCCAGAACACCAUCGAGAGGUUCACCUUCCCCCACAAGUACAAGAAGAGAAGACCGCAGGAGGGCAAAGCUGAGCAAGAAGAUGGAGAAGAGUCGGACACUGACGAGAAAUGCACAAUCUGUUUGUCCAUGCUUGAAGAUGGAGAAGACGUCAGGCGGUUGCCCUGUAUGCAUCUCUUCCACCAAGUGUGCGUGGACCAGUGGCUGGCCACCAGCAAGAAGUGCCCAAUCUGCAGGGUGGACAUUGAAACACAGCUCGGCUCGGACAGCUGAAAGGACUGGCUGGACACACCAUUUUCCUUACCAGGUCGUAUGGCCAUAAACCCUUGCAGCAAAAUUUUUGCCUUCUGAGCCAUUUGAUUGAGAGGAAAAGUCUGCAGGCACGUUAGUGAGGAGGAGGAGGUGGCAGUACAAUAUCUAGCAGUAGGAGAUACUGCACAUACGCAGGAUACGGGCCCGGUGAAAGGGAGCUGGCAUUCCCGGAGCUCAGAGACCCCGUGCUGCAGAAGAUUUAGUGUUGAAUAUGAAGGAACUAGUUGUGGUAGUCUGGCCUGUCAAUCCUGCAUUUCAUGAGGAUUGUAUAUAUACCUCUCGAAUACGUAGAAACAUGUUAGGGGUCCUUUAGCUAUUUCUAUGGAUGGCAGCUGGAGCAUGUUAGCUUAAGAAAUGUUGUGUUUGAUGCCCUACUCAUCUUGUGGUGGACAUGUUGCUGUUACCUAAUUUGCACCAAAUAUUUUUUCAUAGAUUUCUUAUUUUGGUGCCUGAUUAAUACAUUGCAGAGGGGAAUAAAGAGCUCAAGCUUUCCCACCCUUCUGGGGAAGAGGCGAAAAAGCAAAAU